GAGAGAGAAAGAGAGAGAAAUGCAACCUCCCAAAAUAAAGAGCAAAGAUUGCAUUAGGAGCGAAACAGCGCUGCAGAUAUAGAUGGCAGCUUCGUGUCAGUGAGUUUGCGUCCCCCUUCCUGAGCCACGAGCUGGAGUGAUUAGAGCCCUGGAAGGGAAUUGUUACUCCCGUGAAGUCCCCUGUUCCUGGCAGUCAUCUGCACUGUAAAAGCUGGAUCACUCUCUCCAUCCACCCCGCUCAACUCGCUCCUCUCUCGUCUCCUCUCUCCCUCUCCUGCAUUGAUUUUUUUUCCUCUCCCUCUCUCUCCUUUUUUUUUUUUUUUUUUUAGUUGACUGAAACAAAACAAAACAAAAGGGCCACUGGAUGUCUGCCUUCCUGGGGGGUGAGCCAGACAGACUGACAAACAAACAGACCCAGCUGAGCUCGGGGGAGGGCUUCUCCUCCGCUUUUGCCCGGCAGCAGCAACAUGGACGUGUUGGCUAGUUAUAGUAUAUUCCAGGAGCUACAGCUUGUCCACGACACCGGCUACUUCUCAGCUUUGCCGUCCCUGGAAGAGACCUGGCAGCAGACAUGCCUUGAGUUGGAACGCUACCUCCAGACAGAACCCCGGCGUAUCUCGGAGACCUUUGGUGAGGACUUGGACUGCUUUCUGCACGCCUCUCCUCCCCCGUGCAUUGAGGAAAGCUUCCGGCGCUUAGACCCCCUGCUGCUCCCAGUGGAAGCCACCAUCUGCGAGAAGAGCUCUGCAGUGGACAUCUUGCUCUCUCGGGACAAGUUGCUAUCUGAGACCUGCCUCAGCCUCCAACCAACCAGCUCUUCUCUAGACAGCUACACAGCGGUCAACCAGGCCCAGCUCAACGCAGUGACCUCAUUAACGCCCCCCUCGUCCCCUGAGCUCAGCCGCCAUCUGGUCAAAACCUCACAGACUCUCUCAGCCGUGGAUGGCACGGUGACGUUGAAACUGGUGGCCAAGAAGGCUUCCCUCAGCUCAGUGAAGGUGGGAGGGGUGGCGGCGGCAACAGCCGUGACACCAGCUGGAGCAGUUAAGAGUGGACAGAGCGACAGUGAACAAGGAGGGGUAGGGGCUGACACAUGCCCUGAAAACAAGAAGAGGGUCCAUCGCUGUCAGUUUAACGGGUGCCGGAAAGUUUAUACAAAAAGCUCCCACUUAAAGGCCCACCAGAGGACUCACACAGGUAGUGAGAAGCCUUACAAGUGCUCCUGGGAAGGAUGCGAGUGGCGUUUUGCACGGAGCGAUGAGCUCACAAGGCACUACAGGAAACACACAGGUGCAAAGCCCUUUAAAUGCAACCACUGCGACAGGUGUUUCUCCAGGUCCGACCAUCUUGCUCUCCAUAUGAAGAGACAUAUCUAAACAAAACAAAACAAAAACAAAAGUAAACAACAACAAGAGCAAAACACCGGAAAGGCCAGAGUUGCCAUGGCAUCAGCCAGUGUCCGAAGGAAAUGCCGUGAGGCAGAGGGCUGGACUUCAGGCGGGGAGCACUGCCUCGCAGAAGAGAGUUCUCGCUUACAAACCUCUGUGUACAUACAUGUACACGCACACAUACGCACACCCUCUCACACAGAGACCCACACACAUACCCACUGUCAUGCACUCAACUAUAUUUAAAGUAUAUACGUCUAUUUCUUAUGCCUUGCCCUAGCCAGAUGGUAGAAGACAAGGAAGAAGGGAGCCAGGUGAACUCCGAGAGGCGCCGGCUGCCGGCUCCGAGCAGCACUAUUGGAAUUACUUCCCGCCGUUGCCAACGGAAAACAAAGCAAAUGGAUGUCUUCACGGUGGCCGGCAGUACGAGGGGCUUUACCUAACCGGCUUCUCGGUGCAAUUUGAUAAGAGAAUCCAACAUCUUACAGUUGCAUACGUGUGGCACUAAUGUUUCUUUUUAAAUAGUUGGGGGAAAUUGACCUAGAAAACCAAAUUGCAGUUUGGUAGCCAAACCUAACUCCCGGUUUAUUUGUCCUUUGUGUGUGAAAAGUCCUACUAUUCCGUGCGUCAGACUUCCUCACAGAACUGUCGGUUGCUUUUGGUUCUUCUUAGGACCACUGAGAUCUUUCUGAGUCGCUACCAAUGGCCUUAGUGGCGGCAGACUGUGGAUCCACAUCUUACACCUUUCUGGCCUGCAUCUCUCUAGACUUCACUCUCAAGGGAGGAGUUUUCUUUUCUUACAUUUUUUUUUCUUUUUGACUCUCGCACAUCAUAUGCACUAGGGAUUCUGGAAACUUCUAGCAUGACUGCAAAGUGGCCAAGAGAAUAACGUUCUUGAUGAUAAGUCACAGUAAUACCCCUUGAGCCUCACCUUCUUGCCAGUGCUAGAAUUUUUCUUUUUAAUCUCUCUGAUUUUUGCUAAGGAAAACUUGAAAGAAAAAAAAAAAAGCUUAUUUGGAAGCUUAAAUGUUUUAUGUUUUCUCCAUGGACUAAACCUCUCCAGGACUCUCUCGGCACCUGGAUGUCUAGCUCUCGAAGCAGCCAAUCAGACGGGACAUCACAGUUCUCUCGUCCCUCCUUGAGGCGUGAUGACCUCAGCUCACAGUGAGCAGCUACUGUGCUGUGUCAUUGCUACCCUGUAACCAGUUACAGCAUAGAUGUCGCUAGUCUCAAAGGGCAGCUGCGUAUUUAAUCUAACUCUGGGUUAUGACCUGACAAAAAGCCAAAAAUAUCACUCUUUCCAGGAGUGGGGGAAUCAGAGGAUGUCUCCCAAGUCUAGAGGCUUCACAAAAUGUCAUCCCAUCUCUUCCCUCUCUUACCCACUGAGAUCAUGGUACCCACUUGUUAAAUACAUGCUUCAAAACGCCAUCGUGGGAAUGAAGGUUGUCCAUUAAGGAAAAGGUGGAGGUGUCUCUUGUGGUGUGUCUAGGAGUUUAGGGGGCUUCCUUUUUAGGGGGGAGGGAACUGGUUCUUUUUGGCUAGGCCCACCAUGGCUUGUGACCUAAAGCACCCAGGAUCAACAGAGGCCUCCCAUUUUACCCUGAAAGCUGACUCCAAGGGGGUUCUAUUGCUCACCUGCAUUUCACACACGUGUAUUCCAAUGUCAGUUUCUAUCUUCCCGCACUCUUAGCUAGCUGGCACUGGCCUAAACUCCAAAGACUGCCUUUAGGACCAUUAACUGGCCUAUGCAAGCAAGCGGGGUGGGUGUUAAGGCAGAUUGUAUAUUUUGUAUAUUCUGGGACCAUCCCUUGAAGACAAGUCUAACAAACAAAAAUGGUAUCUGGUCCGUACAUGGUUGCUGCUCCUUCAUACCAGCUGGCUCCCUCCUGCCCUCCUUUGACUGUGUGACUCGCUGACUGUUAAAAUGUCACCCCAUACAUAUUUGGGAUGCAAAACUGAAGCCUUUUAAAGGAAAUAAUACUAAUGUAAGCAACCCAAACACAUAGGACAGCGGCCUUCAAGAUCCUUGGCACUUGGGUUCUCAGCUCUCUACAACUUUUGUUUCACUGAAAUGUUGAAUCUGUUUGUCGGAGGGUAAAGGGACCUCCUUGUCACAAAUGCCAUAGCUUUCAGUUGGACACUUGGGGCAUUUUGAGGUCUAGCCUUUAGAAUUUUCUUUUACUUUUCUUUUCAAUUUAGACCAAAAAUAAAUAAUAAAAAAAGAAAAGAAACCACUCUGAACACACAAACACACACACACACACACGCACGCACGCACACAUACAGCUCCAUUUGCCAGAGCAAUUAUGUAUAUGUUAGUUGAAGGGUAUUAAAGAAAAAAAAAAAGAAUCUGUUUUAUUCCAAAGAUGUAAAAGUGGACAUGACUUAGAAACCGUUUUGGGGCACUGCUUGCUGACAAUCUCAUGCUCUACUGCAUUUGAGUGCAUUUUUGCAGCCAGUCCAUCAGGGCACACCAUGGGGUUAUGAAUGUGUGGUGCAUCCUUUUUGGAUGAAGGAUGUGUGAGGGACCUCGAACCUCAGUUGUAUUGAACUGUCGCGCCUCCAGUCAGUGCACUAGAUGAAACCUUCUAGACUACCCGACUUCUGUUGGUUUGUUUCUUUUCCCCCUUAGGUAGCAGCCUCCAGCAUGAAUGCACGCACACGCCGGGCAUGGCAUGAAGCCAUGUCUGCCAUGAUUUACAGAUGUUCUCUCCCAGGCUGGAGCUGCUCUUGUUCUCAAAAUGUUAUUACUAAGGUUUAUAGUACUUAAUUUAAUUUUUGUACUGACCAAUGCAAGGCUCUAUAAAAAAAAAAAAAAGAA